AUGGGUAUCAAACGAGGUGCUUGCAAAGGGCCAGCGUCCUCUUCGGCCACUUCUGAUCUUCUCACUCACCAAUCUGGACAACUUUAUGUACUGGAUGAUUUGAUACGACUUCGUGCCGCGGAUGAGGUGCAACAUCCAAUCCUCGCAUAUCCCAGCUCUGGGACGGCAGUUGCAGCCUACAAUUAUUACACGGGUCAAGAGCUGAAUAAUCUGAUCGAUCAUGCGGCAACAAUACUCAUGGAUGCCGGGUUUUCUCCUACUCACGAAGACGGAGAUCUCGUUGCUCUUCUGACUCUGUCAGACCUGAACAUGGUCAUUACGUUUUUUGCAUUGAGCCGAUUGGGAUAUACGGUGAUGAUGCUCUCUCCCCGCCUGUCUGCAGAUGCGUGCCUCUCGCUCUUGGAUAACGUCGGAUGCGAUAGAAUUUUGCAUGGCCCGAUGGCCAGUCUUCGGACGAUGGUGGACGAUAUCUCUCAACGCAAGAUGAUCCGUUGCCGUCCAGUACCUGACCUGAGCUACGGUAGGACGUGUGAGACGAGCGUUCUGAUUGGAGUGCCCCAAGAUUGCGACCUGGAGACUCGACGUAACAGAGUCGCCUUGAUACUCCACUCUUCUGGGUCAACGGGGACACCCAAGCCGCUUUUCCUCACCCAUCGAUCCCUAGUAAGACAGUCCCUUCAUGGGUCUGGCCUGACUACAUUCAAUCCAUUGCCCUGGUAUCAUCUCCACGGUCUUACGUCAGCUCUACAAGCAAUUUCGGCGCAAAAGACGGCCUUUAUGUGGAACGCUGCCUUACCUCUGACAGCUCAAUCGGUCGUCCGCGCUCUCACUGCUGCACGCCCCCAAUCCAUCGCGGCAGUUCCAUAUUUGCUGCAACUAUUGGUGGAUGAUCCGCGGGGAAUUGAUGCUCUCCGGGCUUGCGAGUUGGUAACGUACGGGGGUGCACCAUGUCCAGAUGAACUCGGAGAACGGCUUGUCAAGGAGGGCGUGCAUUUUGGCGGUUUCUUUGGCCUAACAGAAGCGGGCUUGGUUGCAGAGUCCAUUUCCCGGCCCAAAGGAGAUCCCUACUGGAACUAUUUGAGCUUUUUGGAUGAUCUCAGCCCAUUCAUCUGGAUGAAACCGAUCGGUGGCAAUCUUUAUGAGGCUGUAUAUUUGAGAGGACAUCCUGCUCUUACGAGUUCUAAUUCGAAUGAGCCGCCAGGCUCCUUUCAUUCCAGGGAUGUCUUCACACCUCAUCCCACGAUCCCGGGAAGAUGGAAGUAUGCUUCCCGAAUCGACGAUCGCAUCGUACUCGUCAAUGGGGAGAAAGUUCUCCCCCUUCCGAUUGAGGGCUUUGUCAAACAAAAUCCGCUCGUUCACGAAGCAGUGGUUGUUGGUCUGGGGAAAAGUUCCCCCGGCAUGUUGAUCUUUCAAGCUCAAGAGGUCGAACAAGCAGACGUGUCGAAUGACGAAUAUCUGGAAGCAAUCUGGCCGACUAUUCAAGAGGCGAAUUCUCGAGCGGAACAGUUUUCUCAAAUCUCCCGAGAUUUGAUCGCAAUUUUGCCUCACUCGGCAAAGUUUCCGCGCACCGACAAGGGCUCGAUGAUUCGUGCCCAGGUUUAUUCCGACUACGCAUCGACGAUUGAAAAUCUCUACCUGCAGUCGGAGAGUCAGGAUGGUAUUAUUCACACGAGCGUGGAUGAAACCCAGUCUAUUCUUCUGAAGCUUUGCCGAGACGAAUUGUCAGUCCACAUCGAAGAUGCGAACAGUGACAUUUUCAGUGCAGGGGUGGAUAGUCUCAAGGCCACUCAACUGAAACGACUCAUUAUGCAGAAUUUUAAGCUUGACAGGCACGCUUUCACGCAGAAUGUGGUUUAUGAGACUGGGACUCUUGCAGCCUUGGGAGAGCACAUCUGUGCUCUACAAGAAGGAUCUGUUACCGAGAGAACUCAUCGUGAGUUUGAGCUGAUGUCGAAUUGGAUCCAAAGUUACUCCUCGUUUGAGGGCCAUAUUCCUCGACCGUCAGUGUGUCCCGGAAGAAGAUGUGUGAUAAUCACUGGAGCAACAGGCUCUGUCGGUGCCCAUGUGCUUCACGCGCUGCUUCAGGACGACUCCGUGUCGACAGUCUUCUGUUUAACAAGGCAAAAGUCGCCUAUGAAAGCAAUUUUCGACAGUCUCAAGGAACGAAGGCUUUUCCUAACACGCGUGCAAGCAUCGAGAAUCCAGGCAUUGUGUAGUACAAUGGACCAGCCCGAUUUGGGCCUGUCAAAAGAAACCAUUGAGCACAUACGAGAAUGCGCCACGGAGAUCAUUCACGCUGCCUGGCCCGUCAACUUCAAUUUGCCUCUGGUUCAAUUUGUCUCUCAUAUUCGGGGCGUACACAAUCUUGUUCAACUUUCGCUCUCUGUGCGUCAACCAAAACCUGCAGUGAUGCUUUUUUGCUCUUCCAUUUCGACGGCACUUGCUUCGCCAUCAACUUUUAUAGCGGAUCAACCUCUGAAUCUCCGCGAUGCUUAUAUGGGGUAUGGCCGCUCCAAGUUGAUCGGAGAGCACAUUGUCAGCAAUGCUCGCCGCUCUGGGGCAAGAUGUUACUCUUUACGAAUUGGACAAGUGUCUGGUCAUUCGAGGAUGGGUCUCUGGAACGACAGCGAGGCGAUCCCCUUGAUGGUCCGAUCUGCAUUGACGCUCAAAGCACUUCCCGACCUUGACCACACAUGCUCGUGGCUUCCAGUCGACAAACUGGCGUCGAUAAUUGUCGAGAUCAGUCAGACCUGUUCGUCGAAAACUGAGUACGUGGUGACUGAGCAGAGAGAUCCGAUUCCAUAUAAAGGAGAGCACUGGGCACAUGGAGCUGAUUCAGGGGGGUCUGCUGUGACCGACGAUUCGAUCUACAACAUCUGUAACCCCCGCGACUUCUCAUGGUCGGCCUUCCUGAAUUCCCUCAAGCGCAACGGCUUCCAAUUCAAUACAGUCCCCUUCGAAGACUGGAUGAAGAUGCUACGGCAGAGUGAAGCUUGCGGUGAAGAGCAUAUCAAUCCGGCGGUGAAGUUGAUCGACCAUUACGAAGAGAUGUACGGAAACAGUUCGAUUCUGAGGUCAAAACAUUUCCACACAACCAAAGCGGAGAAAGAUAGUGUCACGAUGAGGAAGGGACAAUUGCUGACGCUGGAGAAUGGCAUUCUGAACAAUUACGCUCGAGAUUGGCUCAAUCGAUGGAUGGCACCCGAAUCCAAGUGA